AUGAAGACAUGUUUGGCAGCACACUUGUUACGUGGUUAUAAUAGUAACUAUGAUAAUAACAACAACAAUAAUAAUAAUAAUAAUAACACUGACAAGAGUGAUAAACGAAUUGGUUCAUUAUUAUCAUUAUCAUCAUCAUCAUCAUCGGCAUCAUCAUUAUUAUCACACAAAUGUAUCACAUUGUUGUUGUCAGUUAUGCGAUGUUUACAACUUCAUUUACAUUAA